AUGCAGUUGAGGAGUCACUCGAGUAGCAGAUGGGAAUGGAGUUUUAAUUGGAGGAGACCCCUUUUUGACAGUGAAGUGGAAAUGGCGAAUUCCUUUAUUGGGGAGAUAUUGAAGCAGCAACUACACCCUCAAAAGGAGGACAUGUGGAUAUGGAAACACGACUCAAGUGGACAUUACUCAAAAAAAUCAGGGUAUGACCUAAUAAGGAGAGAAGUAGCGGGGGCAGAUCAUACUUCGGAUUUUGUGGAGCUAUGGAAACUCAAAAUUCCAGCUAAGUCUGUGGUGUUUGCCUGGAGGAUAAUUAGGGAUAGACUACCAACAAAGUCAAACCUAAGAAGGAGACAAGUCAUGUUAACAGAUACAUUAUGCCCUUUUUGUAGAACUGAAGAGGAGGAGGCUACUCACCUAUUCUUUAGUUGUUCCAACAUCCUCCCUCUAUGGUGGGAGUCAUUGUCUUGGGUUAAUCUAACUACAGCUCUACCUCAAAACCCAAGGGAUCACUUCUUGCAACAUGAAAUUGGGAAAAAUCAGGGAAAGAAGGCUACAAGAUGGAAAUGCUGGUGGAUUGCUCUCACAAGAACAAUAUGGCAGCAUAGAAACAUAAUAGUUUUCCAAAACGGAAGUUUUGAUGGAAGCAAAUUGAUGGAUGUGGGUCAAGUCCAUGGAGAAGGAUUUUGUAAUGUGGACAUGGAUCAAAUCCAUGGAGAAGGAUUUUGUAAUACACUUUAA